AGGUGCUCGUGACUCGUGACUCGUGACGUGUGAUGCCGUCUGUCUGGGUGUCUGGGUCUGUUCUCGUCUGAUUUGUUUGAAAGAGUGAUCGCCAUUUUCAUGGUCGAACAUUUUGCACAUUAAAAUUCGUUUCGUUAUUUCAAACGGAACAUUCAGUUAAAAGGUGAGGUUUACCAUUGCAUUUUGCAGCCCCAUAAUAUCUGGCCCCUUGCAGUCGAUGUUGAAAAAUGCAGUCCUCAUCUUUGUCCUUUUUGAAUGGGAAUCAUUCCGAGGAGAAUCAGCUGAACGGAAACGAUGGAAACAAGUCUGCCGAGGGCAAAGAUAUAGAAAACCAGCGUGAAAUAGGGACCUGCAGACUGUGUGCGCAGGAUGCCGUGGGCAUUGAUUUGCUCCUGAAGGACAACAAUAAGAUCAGGGACAUUGCCAAAAUGUAUUUGGCCAUUGAGUUCAUAGUUGGAUUGCCCACGCACAUUUGCUACUCAUGCAGCACUUUGCUGAAGACUUGGGACACCUUCAUGAGUGUCUUCAAACAGAGCCAGUUGACUUUCAAAUGCCGGUUGGCUAACAAUCGAGACAGUCAGUCGUCCACCAAUUCGACCGAGCUAGUUUUGGUUACGCCGAGUCCUGCCAAGUCUCAGAAGAUGUCCUUGACUCCGGCACCUCCUCGGAAACGCAAGGCUGAGGAUCUUUCGCCAACAACUUCCGCUUCGUCCGCCCUAGCCAGUCCUCUCAGCAGCACUGACAAGGGAACUAUUGGAGACGGUCGUAAUUCGGACACAGACGAGGCGAGUGAGUGUCCAUCGGAGGUUGUGGAGGAAAGGGCUGUAGUCAAGAAGGCCAGGAGGGGCCGACCUCCAAAAGUUAUGCAGCCGAUUCCUCGCAUACCCCAUCCAAGCCAGAAUAGAAAUCCGCCUCCACAACAUCAAUUUUCUACUCCACCACCACCGCUCUACCAGCAGCCUCCGAGGUUUGUGUCUCCAGGACCCUUUGCUCGUCCUCUCUUGCCCAGUCCGUCACAGCAAUUUUUGCCCCACUAUUCGACCAUUAUGCAGCAACAGCAGCAAGCAGCCGUUGCCUUCCAGCAGCAGGUCGCUCAAACUGCCUUAGACUUCCAAAUGAGUGUGCGGCAACCGGUGCUGGACGAACAAUCUCUCGUCCUGCAGUCAUACCUUGUCAACAUCCCUCCGCACCAACACCAGAACUUUAUUGCUCACUACAUCAACAACUUGAUUUUCAUGAACACCGCUCAAAAUAAUGCUGCCUCAAAUCAGAUUGGACCUCUUCCAGAUCACAGACUUUAAACAAUGACGGUUUUUCUCAUUACCGAAGGUAGGAAUGAAUAUAUUUUGCCUUUUUUUUUCUUUUUAAGUAUAUGCAAAUUAUGACGAUGCUUCCAAAAUUAACUUGAAUUUCCUAAUCGUUGAUAUUUUAUAUAAUAAACUUUUCGGGGCAUCACUGUGA